AUGGGGAGAAAACCCGGAGAGGAAACCAACAAUAAUGUCGCGGUGGCUAUAGACAAAGAUAAAGGUAGCCAAUUUGCGUUGAAAUGGACUGUCGAGAAUCUUCUCUCCGGCGGUCAGACGCUCACUCUCCUCCAUAUUAGAACAAAGCAACCUUCUAGUAUGUCAGCCGCUUCUGCAGAAGCAAUUGAAGAAGCUGCUAGAAAAGCUAAAGCAGACACUCAAUACCAGGAAUUGUUCCUUCCGUUCCGAUGCUUUUGUGCGCGGAAGGAUAUAAAAUGCAAUGAAAUCAUUGUGGACGAUUUGGAUAUACCUAAGGGAAUAAUCGAAUACGUGACUAACAACAUAAUGGAUACUUUAGUACUCUCUGCACCAUCUAGAAGUGGGUUUGUAAGAAGAUUUAAGACUACCGAUGUUGCAAAUUCUGUACUGAAAGUGGCGCCAGAUUUCUGCACAGUGUACAUCAUCUCAAAAGGGAAAAUGUCGUCGGUAAAAAAUGCCAGCGCUCCGCCACCGACCGCAAAAAUAACCAGCCCCCGACAUCAGUUACAGAACCAAACUAGUCACUUGUCUGAAUCGAUGAUAGAUAAUUUGAGGACUAACCAAAAGUCAAGAGGAAUUGUUAAGCUGCCAUAUAUACCUCCUAGAAUUCAUGAAGACUUGGAUAUCAAGUCACCUUUUACAAGAUCAGGAAAGAGUUAUGCCAUUAACUAUAAGCCUCCCACAUUGCCGGAGACCGAUAUAUCAUUUGUUAGCAGUGGCAGACCAAGCACGGAUCGGAUGCUCCCAGGUUUCUACGAGAAUUCUGAUCCAGGAAUGACGCCGCGUUCGACGGGAUCAGAAUUUGAUGAAAGAUUUAGCUUUGCUUCAUCAUACACAACAAAGUCAGUGGAAUACCCUUCCCAAUUCUCAACAUGCUCACAAGAAAGUGGCAGAUCAUCUUGCUCCAUCUCAGCACCUUACAAUGAUGACUGGGAAUUAGAGAUGAAGAGGCUUAGAUCAGAGUUGAAGCAAACAAUGGAUAUGUAUAAUAACGCCAUUAAAGAAGCUGUCACAGCAAAACAGAAGGCUAAGGAGCUUCAUCAAUGGAAAAUGGAGGAGCAACAGAGAUUAGAGGAGGCAAAAUUAGCAGAAGGAGCUGCUCUGGCAAUCGCAGAGAGGGAAAAAGCCAAGUGUAGAGCAGCCCUUGAAGCAGUUGAAGCAGCUAAAAGAAUUGCAGAGCUUGAAGCUCAAAAGAGAAUAAGCGCAGAGAAGAAAGCUCGGAGAGAAACAGACGAGAAGAAGAAAACUGCCAAGAGUAAUUUCAGUCACGCCGAUCUCCGGUACCGGAGAUACACAAUAGAGGAAAUUGAAGAAGCAACUGAGCAUUUCUCAAGUUCUCGUAAAAUCGGAGAAGGAGGGUACGGACCUGUUUACAAGUGCUCUUUAGAUCACACUCCGGUCGCCGUAAAAGUUCUCCGACCAGACGCCGCUCAAGGCCGAUCACAGUUCCAACAAGAAGUUGAAGUUUUAAGCUGCAUACGUCAUCCAAACAUGGUUCUCCUCCUCGGAGCUUGCCCUGAAUACGGCUGUUUAGUCUACGAGUACAUGGCUAACGGAAGUUUAGAAGAUAGACUUUUCCGGCGAGGAAACACGCCGUCACUUCCAUGGCAACUCAGAUUCCGAAUCGCCGCAGAGAUCGGCACCGGUCUCCUCUUCCUCCACCAGACGAAACCAGAGCCACUCGUCCACCGUGAUUUAAAACCCGGAAAUAUUUUACUCGACCGGAACUUCGUGAGUAAAAUCAGUGACGUGGGUUUAGCCAGACUGGUCCCGCCGUCGGUGACCAAUGCUGUAACUCAGUAUCGGUUGACGGCGACGGCCGGAACUUUCUGCUAUAUCGACCCGGAGUAUCAGCAGACAGGGAUGUUGGGGAUAAAAUCAGAUAUUUAUUCACUUGGGAUUAUGUUUUUACAGAUGAUAACGGCGAGGCCGGCGAUGGGUUUGACUCAUCAUAUUGGAAGAGCCAUUGAUAAGGGAACUUUUGCAGAGAUGCUGGACCCUACUGUGCCCGACUGGCCGGUUGAAGAAGCUAUGACCUUUGCUAAACUAGCUCUACAUUGCGCCGAGCUCCGGCGGAAAGACCGGCCUGAUCUGGGUAAAGUUGUGUUGCCGGAGCUUGAAAGAUUGAGAGAACUCGCUGAACAAAACAUGCCUAUGUUUGGAUUCGGAGCUCCAUGUCCGGCGAGUUCGCCGAACUUCACCCAAACUUCAAUCUCAUCUUCUCAAGAAGUAAUAAGUGAUCAACCAUCACAUCAAUCUGGGUCUGAGGGUUCAAGAAGCAGGACAAGCACAUCUUCUCCUGCAGGAAGAAUACAGAGUGUGAACUGAGGUAUUUGUAUGUAU